GCAUUAUUUUAAAGUAAUACUCAUGACUGACAAUGCCAAAUUCUAUAUCCAGUUUAUUCCUUCACAUUGGUACAAUGAUAGCAUUGAUGUUUCUAAAGAGCCUUUCUUGAAUGCAGAUAAAUUUUAUGAAGAGAAAUCAAUAGAAGAAACAGUUUCUCCUACUCCUUAUCUUAUUUACAAGAAAGCACUCAAUAAAGCCUUGAAAAGCCAAAUGAAAUCAGGACAACUCAUCGAUCUUUUACAAGAAUUUGCAGAAAAAUUGAUGAACUCAUCUCAAGACUCAUCUGAAGAUGAAGUCAAUAGUGAUAAAGAAAAUCAGGAGUUUGUACUGUUGAAUCCUAAAAAAAGAUGUAGAAAAG